AUGCGAAACUCAUACCCAGCACAGGAGGAAUGUGACUGUGCUCUCUCAGCCCCUCCCAGCUCCAGGCCAUUCCAGGCUCCCAAAAGCCCAGCAGGUCUGGAGUCAUCACAUGAAGCCCAACUGCUGGAUUGGCAGGUGCCCACAAGAAGGCUGGGUUUCUUUACAGGCGAGAUCAUCGGGGGACAUGAGGCCAAGCCCCACUCCCGUCCCUACAUGGCCUUGGUCCAGGUGCUCGAUGAGAAUUCGGGGAAGCAGUGUGGGGGCUUCCUGAUAAGGGAGGACUUUGUGCUGACCGCUGCUCACUGUUUCGGGAGCUCAAUGAAUGUCACCCUGGGGGCCCACAAUAUCGUGGAAAAGGAGAAGACCCAGCAGGUCAUCCCUGUGGCAAAACCCAUUCGACAUCCAGAUUAUAACCGUGAGAAGAUAGUCAAUGACAUCAUGCUGCUGAAGCUGAAGAGCAAAGCCCAGCGGACUAAGGCUGUCCAGACCCUCAAGUUGCCCACAAGCAAGGCCCAGGUGAAGCCAGGGAGUGUGUGCUAUGUGGCUGGCUGGGGCAGGACAGACCCAAGGGGAACACCCUCAAACACACUGCAAGAGGUGAAGAUCAAAGUGCAGGCAGACCAGGUCUGUGAGUCCAGCUUUGCAAAUUAUGACAAGGCCACUGAGAUGUGUGUGGGAGACCCAAAGACAACUCAUGCUUCCUUAAAGGGGGAUUCUGGAGGGCCCCUUGUGUGUAAGAACGUGGCCCAGGGCAUUGUCUCCUAUGGACGUAAAGACGGGACAACUCCAGGAGUGUGCACCAAAGUCUCAAGUUUUCUACACUGGAUAAAGAAAACCAUGAGGCCGGGUAAGGUAGUAUAUGCCUUUAAUCCCAGAACUCGGAGAGGCAGAAGCAGG